AUAACUGCUAAAUCCCUAAUAGCUGAAUGUUUAGUUCAUAUAAACAAGGACUACUAGUUGUUGAUUUCUACAGUCUUUCACAUUAGGGUUUAGAAACUUUUGCUGGAAGGGUGAACUGGUUUCUUCUAGGAAAAAAAAAAGGAGAAGACAUUCAUCUUUGCCUGGUCUAGGCUGAACUUGCGGAAAAUGAAAUUGGCAUCAUUACCAUUAGUAAGAUCUCGUUUUGGGCAAAGUAUCUAAUCAAGUUUCUUCAUUGGGCAAUAAAGGAAAUGCUGCAGCUUCAGGAUCAAUGGAAUGUUUCUACAUAUCAUAUAAACUGAUAUGAGAAGAAAUUAUAUUGUCGAUUUAAGAUUUGGAAUAUCAAAUGUCAACUGGAUAGAGGCUGGAUUUGGAGAUGGGAAAGGCUUUAAGCAGAAAACCUACUAGAAGACUUUUGCUAUAAUCCAGGCCUGGGAGGACUAGAAGUGCUUCAACCAAUCUCUAAAGAUUAAUUCUAAAAAUAAUUUGUUGUUCAAUGGAGAAAAAUGAGCACAAGAGUGUGCUGGCUGUGUAAUAAAGGCAGAAAAAAAUCCAAUGGGAUCUCUUCAAACCUUACUCUAGAAGAAGUGCUCCAGUGGGCCGAGUCUUUUGAAAAAUUGAUGGCAACAAAAUAUGGUCCAGGAAUCUAUGCAACAUACUUAAAAAUGGAGCACAGCGAUGAGAACAUGAAAUUCUGGAUGGCAUGUGAAACAUACAAAAAAAGUGCAUCACGAUUUAGCAGGGCAUCUAAGGCCAAGAAACUUUACAGGACUUAUAUUCAACCGCAGGCUCCUAGAGAGAUUAACAUUGACAGUCCCACCAGAGAAGCCAUCAUUAAGAACAUUCAAGAACCCUCUCCAAAUUGUUUUGAUGAGGCUCAAAAAAUUGUGUACAUGCAUAUGGAAAGAGAUUCCUAUCCCCGAUUCCUAAGGUCAAAAUUAUACCAAAACCUCAUUGAAAGCCUGCAGAUGGAUUGCCACCCCUGAAAAGCACAUUACCAUUUCAGAAACUGAAAACAGCUUAUAGAAAGCCAACGUUUGUUCUGUGUGAGUAGUGGAUGUAAUAGAUGUAAAAGUGGAUGAGUAGUAGGUAAUUCCCAAAUAGACACUCUGCAAAACUUAGAAAUUCAGAAGAAAUAUAAUGUAAUUUGAUUAUUACACCAGGUGUGUUACAACACAGAGGGAUAAAAUAAAAUACUUUUAAAGCACUUUGUAAAUCUUAAAAUGCUCAAUAUAAGCCUGAUAUAUGCGUAUUUAAGGCAGAUGUUAGAAUUAUCUCCAUAGCACCAACAUUGACGAGAUCCCACAGGAGUGACCAAAUCAAAACUUUUUAAAAUUCAUCCAUUUUUCAUACUUCUGGAUCACACACACUGCAAGACUUUAAAAGCAGUACUUGGAUGAAGAUUAACUGUAGAGUAGAUUCUAUACUUUAGGGGAAAUGUUCUUGCUUAAGAAAUUUGUUUGAGUUGAAUUAUCAAGAAUGUAAUGAAAUACUUCACAUUAGACAAGUUAAAGUCUUAGUAACAAUUACAAAGGUGUGGUCUUUGAAACUACAUUAUUUGCAUAGUAUUUCAUGUAUGUAGUAUUUUACAUGCAUAGUUUUUCCUUUGCUUUAUAGCUUACUAAUAAAAAUUUACCCACCAGAAUAUUACCUACAUUUUAAAGCAGCUGCUGCACUUAUAAAAGCUUAAUAUAUUUCCUGAUUGAAUAACAAACAGGGAUUUUGUUUUCCAUUUAUACUUGAAUAUGCUUUAAAUAGGAAAAAGAACACUGUCUUAUUUCUGGGAUUUUUUUACCCAUAAUAUAAAUAUAUGAGGCCAUCCUCUGAAACAUGUGCGUCUCUCUGACCUCAGUGAUAUGAAUAGUCCCAAAUCUCCCCCAGGCAGAAUGCAGUGCCUCCAUCCCAAGGCUGCCCCAUGUAUUUAUUGUCCUGUCUUUCUCUGAGAUCUAUAGAGAGAAUGUAUCCAAUUUGCUGAGGACCUUUCCCUAGUUCUUUUAGUAUUUUGUAGAUCUUACUAGCAAUUAAAUAGAUAUGUAUGAAACUACAUUGUUCUUUAUUUACAUGAAAGAAAGAAAAAAUAGAUAUUGGAACAAGUGAAUGGUGCAAAUUAAGUUUUAUAUAUUACACCAGCCAGAAUAUAUUUCACUCUUUCCCUACGGCCAUUCACACGGGAAUGUGAGAAAUAUAGUACAUCUAUGUGAGACUACUUCCCUGGAACCUUCACAGAUAUUAAAAGAACACUUUGUCCAGUACUGUCUUUCCAAAAUUCAGUUUUUUUAAAAAUCAUAUUAUAUAGCACUUGUGAUGUACAAAGCACUAGGUCAGAUUAGAGGAUGCCCUCCAGCAACUUCCUUCCUACCAGUGGUCAGAAGGCAGGGAUAUCUUUCACUGUGACCAUGGUAACCUGCUGACAGAGACCAUUCUGAAGUAAAAACUUGUGAUUUUCUCAAAUCAUACCAGUAGGUGACCACAGGUAACAUUUAAUAAAUGUGUCUUGAAUUGAAAUUGAUUCAUUAAUCUCAUUCAAUUCUACGACUACUAAUUGCUGACUUUUGUAGAAUAAUUCAUGAAAUAGGUGCCCUGGACAUUGUCAUCUCUAGUUUAGAGAGCAGUAAACUGGACCCAGGAAGGUGGUGAUGGGCUGUCAGUCAAACAGCUUAUAUGUGGAAGAGCUAGAAUUUCAAACCCAGGUCUUCUUGACUCCAUGCCCACAAAACUGUUUGCCACAUCACGUUGUCUUCCCAUAUUAAUGAGAAUUUCAUACUCUGAAGGACCAAAAAAAAAAAAAUAUAUGAUUCUAUCUCUUUUCUGGAACCACUUUAAACAUUCCUAAAAAAUAAAAUGCUUUUCUAAUGGCCUUGAUGCUACUAAUAAGAAGGUACUACUUCCCUCAGUUCUUGAAAGGACUUUAGCUCCUUUUUUUAAAACCCUCACCUUCUGUCUUACAAUCAAUACUAGAUAUCAAUUCCAAUAAGGAGGAGCAGUGAGAGCUAGGCAAUUGGGGUUAAGUGACUUGUCUAGGGUCAUACAGCUAGGAAGUGUCUGAGGUUAUAUUUGAACCCAGGACCUCUUGCCUCCAGGCCUGGUUCUCUAUCUACUGACCUACCUAGCUGUCCCACAUUAGGUCUUUAUGCAUGAGAUCACAUUUUGCUGGCUGGUCCUUCCUUCAAGAUAUUGAAAAAAAUAGGUACAUGGAAGGUCUUUCAAACAGAAGUGAAAAACAUUUCUUUUAAAUUAUCAAGAUCAAAUCUUUCUAAUAGGCAUAUUAAUAAAUUUUGAAUGACUAAUGUUUUGUCUUGCUUAAAAAAAUAAUAAUAAUAAUAAGCUGUACUCAGAAUAGAAAUUAUAACCCCUGAUGGCUAAUCAGAUUUACCCUACCUCCACACCCAAGACCAGGAAUACCCAGCAUAUAAUAUUAAAUGAAAUCACUUACUUAAUGGCAUAUAUUUUUUACAUUAAGUUUUGAACUAGAAAAAGAACACUGCAAAUCAGAAAUGAAAGAGACUUUUGCUUAGGAGUAUAUUCCCCUCAUAUAGGAGGAGUCCAACCCCUCAUAUUUAUUAAAUAAAGAAACUGAGGCACUGAAAAGUUAUAUAACUUGCUCAAGGUCAUACAACUAGUAUAUUUCUGAGGCAAGAUUUGAACUAAAGACACCAACUUCAAGUCCAGCAUUCUUUCCACCUAGCUGCCAAGUAAGCCUACCGACUAUUGGGAGUCAGUGUGCUAUAAAGGUAUAUUGGAAAAACUGUCCUUAUUUAUCAUCAGAGAACCAAGGUAUAGAUUCUGGAUCUGUUUCCUAUUAGCUGUGUGCUCUUAAAUAAACCAUUUUGUCUCUCUGA